AUGGUCCGCAUCAAGGAGCGCUACCUCCUGGUCAACAUCUUGUACCCCAGCGAGAUCGGAUCGAAGCCCAAUCUCCCAGAUGCGGUGAUGGUCAACCAACCCACGAGUGAUAGGCUCACCCACGGACAGCUGAUCCGCGAGAUACGCGCCGAAGUCGCGUCGCUAUUCGGCGACUACGGCUCCGGCGCCGUCAGCAGCCUCCAGAUCAAAUACCUCUCAACUGCGACAUCGACAUUCAUCCUGCGCGUCAAUAGGGCGCACUACCGACUCGUAUGGACGGCUCUAACAAUGAUGGACCAUAUUCCGACCCGCGACGGCAAGCUGUGCACGUAUCGGGUGGUGCAUGUCAGCGGCACAAUUCGCCGGGUGGAAGAGGAGGCAAUCCGCCGUGCGCGUGAUCUAAUGCUGGCCGUCAAGGAUCAAGCCGGGGCGAAAGACAACGCCGCCCUAGCGGCCAUCAUGGGGGAGGGCAAACGAACCCGUCAGGCGCCUCCGGUGCAAGAUGCCCUCAAUGUGGAUGAGGACGGCUCGGGCGACGAGGAAAUGCAAGACUACAGCGACGGAUGA